UUGAAUAUGCAUUCCAUGAUCAAUGACGGAAUGCGUGUGUUCAGCGCAAAUAUCGCCAUGAUCUAACUGUUGCAGUCCAGAAUCUCCAUUUGAGAACUAUUCAUGCAUUCUUACGACUGAAUAAUUUCUACAAAAAAUAUAAGACAAGUACCUGUGAUACGAACGUGUCAAAUGUUGCCUGAUAUUUUGAUGUAUGAUGUCUCAAUGUUUAAUGCCGUUUGUAUCAGCUGGCAAAUAUAUUCACUUGCAAAACAUUGCUAAGAUUCUUGGAGCGAAAUGUUUGAAGAAUCGAUUGCCGAGGAUUAAUGAUACAUCUACAAGCAUAGCGACUUCACCGUAUUAUUUCGUCAGACGAGUGAAAAUCUGCCAUACCUAAGCCACGAAAGUGUUGUUGCACUUUCUCUUCGCUCCCUAUUUCUCCGAAGAACCUAGCCAUCUAAUACGGGAGACUGUUUCUUUACUCUCUGAUUGUGAGAGAGACACUCUUGUGCCUAUUCGACAGGUGAAUAGAUUCACAGAGGAUAUGAAGUUCCUGAAGCCAAAGACAAUCAGGAGUGCGAUGAUACCGUCCUUUCUGGCCCACUGGGUCCUUGGUAUGGGGACUAUUGAGUGCCCGUUCGGUCGUCCGAGACCAGUCAUAUCUCUGUGCUGGUCAAUCGUUCAUUUCACCCUUUACUUGAACAUCGUUUUACUCGCAAACAAAGAGGAUCCUACCGAAAAUGGGCUUGGUAACGUUUCUUUUAACAGCUUUCAGAUUUCCAGAUUCAUCAACUUGAUCGCUGUGACGAUAUUUCUGUACUUUGGGCAUAGGAAGGCGAAGGAUGUCGCGAUUUGUUUGGACAAGCUCAGUUCCAUUGACAAGAUGUUGAUCACUAUUGGGAUCCCGAACGAAUACGGAUUGGUCUUAAAAUAUCAAAUGAUUCAGCUGACCGAGGUCCUUAUCUUCGUGGGAAUAACGCUGAUCUAUAUUAUUCGGUGGUUCGGUUACGAAGCUUGGUCCAAGACCGCGACCUUCGCCGGUGUAAUUUGCGCUGAAUAUCUAAUGAUGUACAACCAUAUUAUCAAUGGCACCUUUGCUGCCCUGAUCAGACACAUUGGCGGGCGUUUUCGACAUUUGAACGCGCAUCUGCGGCAGUUAAGCUCCAGAGAUAUAAUAACUGGGCCGUUUCUUCCGAUUUCAAACUACUUGUUCGCUCCGUUUAAGCUCGAAAUUCACACGAACGCACUAUCCACCAGAGUAACGGAUAAGGAGUCAGUGGCGCAUGUCGUGUGGAAUACCAGAAGAAUACAUCGUGAACUGUGCACCAUAGCCAGGACUCUGAACGAGGCCUUUGGCAUCCAGCUGCUUGUGUCGAUGAGCACAUCCUUUAUUCUCAUAAUCACCCUGCUCUAUACCGCUUACCUUUACUUCAGCGUCGUGACAGCCGAAUAUUCGACAUUCAGCAUUUGGACAUUCGUGUUAAUUUUGAAUUGGCUUAUCUUCUCUUGCUCGUCAAUUCCGUAUGUCGCUUAUGUCUGCUCGAUCACCUCUGCCGAGGCACAAAAUAUAGGCGAAGUCAUCUACGAACUUAUCACGCCGACCACUUCCAAACAAGCAAAAGAUGAGGUGCACAGCUUUUCACUCCAGCUUGUACGAAAACCUCUGGAAUUCACCGCAUGCGGAUUCUUUGCGCUGGAGAACGGGGUGAUUCGCGACAUGAUCUCGUCGGUAACAACUUAUUUAGUGAUUAUGAUCCAGCUUCGCAGUACUUAUGAUGUGCCGGUCUUUGCCUCGACUGCCGUUCCAUCUCAAGCGCUGAAUUCUACCAGCUGAAGUGAAGUCAAUGCCCAUCAAGACAUGUAUAUUUCUAGACAAAAAUAUUGGUUAAUUUAGAAUGUGUCAUAUCCGUUACGUAUAGAACUUGCAAAAUUCUUUUGUAGGUAUAAUGUGUUACGAAUCUCA